AUGCACCAGCACGGGGAGCGGAAGGCUGCCGACGACGACAAGGUCAAGAUUGGCCAACCCUCCAAUAUGGCUAACCCCCACAUUGACGCUGUCGCUGACCUAGAGAGCCUUGGACGAGUGCGCACAACGUUGAGGGCUACCUGGCAAAGGCAGAGACCAAGUCUACGUCGCUUCCCGCGAUCUGCUGCCGUGCGUGAGCAGCCGUGCCCCUUGCAGUCAUUUGUCUCCUGUCUGCCCACCAAGCUUCUCCGCGAGCGUGACUGGUCGCAACCCGAAAUCAUCCACUACCUCCUGGACUACCGUGCCAAUGAGUCGCCUCGAAGUGACUGCCAGAAUGUCGACUGCCGGCCACCGGAGCAGCAGCCACAGAUGCUCGUGGCCGAAGACGCACAGUUCUCCUCCAAGCAGUCACUUCUCCCUUGCUACAUUAAGCGCAGGGACCAGGUCAACUCGACACUGCUCGAGGGCCUAACCACGUACGACCACAACACGGGCGACCCACGGUCACAGGCCCGACCUCUUGCGUCAAGUAUGCAGGAGGCCGACCACGCGCAGUGA